GAUUACAAGGUAAUUUGCAAGUAAGGCAAUGGCAAUGGGAACGGCUGGUGUAUUGUUUGCUGUGGGUUCUCUCUUAUCACUUCUGAUGACAUGCCAGGCUACAAAGGUAUACACUGUGGGAGACGAAGCAGGUUGGACGUUGGACUAUGAUUAUCAGAAGUGGGCAUCAGGCAAAACAUUCUAUGUUGGAGAUACGCUCGUGUUUAAGUACUUUAACAGUGAGAUGGGCAAUCAUAAUGUGGUGAGAGUAAGCAGAACAGGCUAUACGAACUGUGUUAUCGAUCCGAACAUGGGAGUUUAUGAAAGCGGAAGCGAUAAAAUUGUUUUGAGUGCCCCAGGAGAUAUGUGGUUUAUUUGUGGAACGCCCGGUCACUGUGAAAGCGGCAUGAAACUUAAAAUCACUGUGAAAAAACCUGCCGGAAUUCCUGCUCCUUCUCCUGCUCCCGCACAAACAACUGACGGAAUCACUACUCCCUCUCCUGCUCCCGCACAAACAACUGACGGAAUCCCUGCUGCUUCUCCUGAUUCUUCUCCCGCUUCUGCUCCCGAUUCUAUCCUUCCCACAUGGCUUCCAUGGCAUUGACAGGACCUAUUUUUCUCUGUCUAUGUUUCUAAUAUUAAGAUUUGGGGAUCCAGGAUUCUGACAUUACAUCUGUUUAUUUUUCUCUAAAUAAGCUAAUAAUAACAUGAAU